ACAUCCCUUCUCCAACUAGGACCGACAGCCUCUUCUACCUAGUUGCACCGGUCGCAGCGCUCGCCAUGGAUCUUGUUCGCACACUGCAUACGAUCUAGCCCUGCUGAUGUACCUGGAUCAUCACAAGUGAAAACGCUAUCCAAAACACCAACAGCACACCCGAGAUGCAGUGUUAUACCGAGCUGCUCCCGCCUUCGGGUGUCACUCACUCCCUGUCGACCUCCUUCACUUCUGCAGAGGCGGAAAAUCUUAUUGUAGCUCGCACAUCACUACUUCAGAUAUACCAGUACAAGCAAUUCGAACAUGACACCAAGCUGAUUCUGGUGGCCGAAUACAACCUUGCUGGAACAGUGACUUCUCUUGGUAAAGUGAGAAUUCCAGACUCGAAAAGCGGUGGAGAUGCUGUUCUAGUGGCUUUUCUAGAUGCUAAAUUGAGUCUGGUCGAAUGGGACCCAACACUGCAUAGCAUAUCUACCUUGUCAAUUCAUUACUAUGAGCAGCAUGCUACUCAGUCAGCGCCAUGGCAGCCCGAUCUCGCUGAUUGUGUCAGUCGCUUGUCGAUUGAUCCUUCCAGUAGAUGUGCCGCAUACAAUUUUGGUGUCAGUAAUCUGGCCAUUAUUCCCUUCCAUCAAACCGGCGACGACUUAGCCAUGGAUGAUUUUGAUGAGCUUGACGCCGAGGAUAAACCGCGUCAUUCACCAACAAAACCCCCCGACGACACUACAACGAAUGAUCAUGCCACCCCUUACAGCCCUUCGUUUGUCCUGCCUCUCACAAUGCUGGAUCCUGGCUUGUUUCAUCCUGUCGAUAUCGCUUUCCUUCACGAGUACCGCGAUCCAACCAUCGGCAUAGUCUAUUCGACCAUGGCUCGCUCCUCCAACAUGAGCGCGGAAAGACGCGACGUAACAAUAUAUGCGGUAUAUGCACUCGACCUGGAGCAAAAGGCCUCGACAACCCUCCAAUCGGUCCAAAAGUUACCUGAUGACAUCUACCGCAUCCUAGCUCUUCCACUUCCGGUCGGCGGUGCUCUUCUCGUUGGCGGCAACGAAUUGAUCCAUGUGGAUCAGGGUGGUAAGGCCAGCGCUGUUGCUGUCAACGAAUUUGCCAAGGAUGCGUCCUCAUUCCCAAUGACCGACCAUUCAGAGUACAGACUGAAACUAGAGGGAUGUCGCAUUGAGCAUCUAGGCAACUCUGCUGGGGAUAUGUUGAUCAUUUUAUCUACAGGUGACCUAGUUCUGCUCAAUUUCAGAAUGGACGGUCGUUCGGUGACUGGAAUAUCCCUUCGCCGGAUAGCUGAAGGACAGAUGCAAAGUCUCCAACUCAGUGCUGCCUCAUGUACCGCAAAUCUGGGAUCAAGCUGCUUGUUCAUCGGCGGCGAAGACUGUGACUCGGUGGUUGUCAGCCUUGCCAGAAAGUCAGGGCAAUUGAAGAGGGUCCAAUCCAGAGUAAAAUCGGAAACAGAUGGCUUUGAGCCGGAUGGAAACGAAGACGAUCUAGAAGAUGAGGAUGAUCUCUAUGGAGAGAUUUAUUCGGGGACAAAUGGACACAGCUCGGCAGAUGCAAGUGGCCAAAACCUACGGGUUAUGGACCGUCUUCUCUGCAUAGCACCCGUCAACAGUUUUGCGCUUGGAAACUCUAAAAAGCGCAAACGAGAAGACACGGAUGCAGCUAAAGGAUACCAAAGUCAUGAACAGGAACUUGCAGUGGCGUACGGAAGGGGGCACGCCGGCGGCAUUGCCUUUUUAUCCAGACAGCUCGAACUCAAGGUGACGAAACGAUUCAAGUUUGAAGGUGCCAAUGGUCUGUGGUGCUUAGGGACAAAACACGCCCAGUCCGAAAGUGACCAAACACUAGACGAUCUUCUCAUAGUCUCGCAAUAUACCAGCGAAGGCGUCGGACUUUCCUCACUUUGUCGACUUAGCGAGGGGAAUCUAGAGCCUGUUCCAGACUCCGAAUUCGAUCAGAUGGCCGGUCCGACUGUCUCAAUUUCACAGCUCAAGAAUUCGGGCCACACGAUUCAAGUACUGCCCACCGAGAUACGUGUCUAUGAUUCCAAGUUUGCACUUUCGCAGAUCUUCCCAAUUGUGGACGAGGACGAUGGCCAGCUCUCCAAAGCAGUCAAGACCACCUUUGCAGAACCAUAUCUUGCGGUCAUUAGAGAUGAUCGAGUGAUGACGCUGCUCAAGGCAGACAAAGCUGGUGAAUUGGACGAAGUCGAGUUGCCAGACAUCUUACAGGACAAGGCAAUAUUAUCUGCGUCCCUGUAUCAAGAUCAUCGCGACUUUUUCCAGACCUCAAGAUUCUAUGACGACGCAGGUUUGUCUGGUCCCAUAUUGUGCGUCCUGACAACAGAUGGUCAUUUCUGCCUGCUAUCAUUACCCAACAUUGGUCUCCGAGUUUUCCAGUGCGAGAGCUUGCCGUUCCUCCCUACAUACCUCAUGCAAGAUUUGCAGAUUCCCAAGCACUGGCGCAACAAGGAUGAUAUUGGUGAAGUAUUGCUGGCAGAUCUUGGAGACGAGAUAGAUCGUCGACCUUUCCUGGCCGUGCGAAACUUGACAGGAGAUGUUAUUCUGUACGAGCCAUUUGCAAUUCCAAACAUUUCUGGGAGCUUCAAGUUCAGAAAGGUGGCUACCAAGGCGGCAGAAAAUCUUGACGACCAGGCAGAGGAAGAAGGGGAAGAAUCCUCUCUAGGCCCAAUGCAAGUCGUCUCGAACGUGGGAGGCCGCCCUGCGAUAUUCGUGCCGGGCGCUCACCCCUGGCUGGUGUUGAGGGAAGCUUCAACAAUGCCUCGUAUCUACGAGUUGAAGCUUCCCGGGACCAACUCGAUAGUCGGAGCACAUACACUCCUGUGCCCGCACGGUUUGGCCUUUUUAGACGGACGCCAGCAGGUCUGUUUCGGCCAACUACCAAACUCAGCCAUGAUCGGCCAAUCAGACUGGUCUAUCAACAGAGUCCCCUUCAGGCAAGACAUCAGUUCCGUCGCAUAUUUCGAAUCCACGGACUCUUAUGUCCUCGCUAUGAAUUACGGGAUUGAUUUCCAACUCCCUCAAGACGACGAAUGGCAUCCAGAAUGGCAAGCCGAAACCACGACUUUCCUCCCAUCCUCCAUCCAGAGCACUCUCAAGCUGGUCAGCGGAGAGAGUCACUCGGUUAUCAGCCAGUAUCACUUCGACGCAUUCGAAAGGGUGCUCUGCGUCAAAACGAUGAAUCUCGAAGUUUCGGAAGAGACGCACGAGCGUAAAGAAUUGGUCGUCGUCGGCACGGCCAUCGUUAAGGGCGAAAAUCUGACGACACGAGGAAACAUCUACUUCUUCGACGUGGUCGACGUGGUGCCCGAACCUGGCGUGGCGGAAAGCAACCUGAAACUCAAACUGAUCACGAAAGAAGACGUGCGCGGAGCGGUCAGCGCGAUAUGCGACAUCGGUUCGCAAGGGUUCUUGCUGGCGGCGCAGGGGCAGAAAUGCAUGGUACGAGGACUCAAGGAAGACAUGUCGGUUCUCCCGGUCGCGUUUCUCGACAUGCGGUACUACGUCCACGUCGCGAAGGAAUUGCGAGGGACAGGGUUGUGUAUCUUGGGAGACGCGUUUUCUGGGUUAUGGCUGACGGGGUAUUCCGAGGAACCGUACAAGCUACAGGUCAUCGGGCGCGAUUUGGAGAACCCGCCUGUCCUGGCGGCUGAGUUCCUACCCGACGGCAAACAGCUCUUCAUCGUGUCGGCCGAUGGCGACGGCACGUUGCGCGUCUUGCAGUACGACCCCGAGAACCCCAAGGCCGAGCGUGGGACAAAGUUGCUCUUGCGAAGCACGUUCAACGCCGGCACGCUGCCCACACAAAUGUCGCUGCUUCCUCCUCAGUCGAAGAAGAGUGUUGGUGGUGGUGGCGGCGGCGACUCGGACAUGGACGUCGAUGGCCCCGGCGGCGCCGGAGAGAUGGCGACGAGCCUCAGUCGGAUCCUCGUGGCAACGCAGUCGGGCUCAUUGUGCAUGGUCACCCCGCUUCCAGAGUCGGCGUACCGACGCCUGUCGACCCUCCAAAACACGUUGCUCACGACUCUGGACUUUCAGCCGUGCAGCUUGAACCCACGCGCGUACCGACAGGUCGAGACCGACGGGAUCGGAGGCAGGGGAAUCAUCGACGGCAACCUGGUCAAGAGGUGGUGGGAGACGAGCACGCAGCAAAGGGUGGCCAGCGCGGAUAAAGCUGGAGGGAGUGUGUGGGAGGUUCGUGCGGAUAUGGAACUCAUCAGCGGUGGUGAUUUGGGAUUUUAAAAAGACCUUAAACCCCUGAAAAAGAAGGCCCCUCAGGAUCCCCAUCCCGCGAAUUCUGUACUUCCGGCAGGAAGAGUAAACUAUUUGAUUGUGAUCGUUUUGAAGUUGUUCGUCAUUGAUUCCAAAAAAAUAAGAAACUUUUGGCCUGGGUGUUUACUUAGAACCC